CGAAUGAAGAUCACAGCCAGCUUUCUGCUAUUGCAAUCAAUCUGAGAUUUUAAUAAGCCAUCGCAAUCUGACUAAGUUUUACAGAAUACUUAACACAAUAGUGAGUGCUGAUAUCGACCCUGAAGAACGUCUCCUUGACAGUAGCUUAAUUGAUUUUGACAGAGCAAGCCUCCUUUAUGCCGUUGGGAAUAAUAAUGUGUCCAUUGAUCUGCCCGUCCACAUUUUCCAAGCCAUUUGCCUGGCUGCAACCCUAGACGACUACUACGAAACUCAUUCCCUGCCUUUUGGCUCGUUGAUCACUAGGUUUGCCAUGGCGUCUAAGGUGGAAAUUGAUCCUACGGAUCAGCUUAAACAACUUAUGCCACCUAUCAACAAGAUGAUGUUUCAUAAUGAUGAGACAGAUGAAACAAGUGAAGAAUCUGUUGUUGCAUUUACUCCUCCUCCUGCACCUGCUUCUGAUGAGCCUAAGUCCUCCACAGCUUAAUCAGCCUCCUCUGGCCCAGACGAAAUGCCUUGAGAAGUUUUCUAUAGAGCUGAGAAAGCGCAUGGCCCGACUUGCCAAUGAGGUCGUUAAGCUCACCGGUUGCGUACAUUUGGGCAUCCCAUUGAAAGAGCCAGGUACAGAAAAUAUGGAGGUUAAACAAGAAAAUGAUGAGAAUUUCAUUCCCAGCUCGCAUACUUCGACACAUCCAUCAACUUCAACUUCUGGCUUGCAUCCAAAUAAGAAAGCGAAAAAAGAUCCAUUGGCACAAGCAAUUGGUGAGGCGGCAGACUCACGAAAGGAGUUUUCAGCAAGUCAAAUGAAUCCGCAACUCAGAGGGGAGGAUGUACUUGCAGUGGUCUCAAAGAUACCGAACAUCAGUAGAUUGCAAGUUUUGAAGGCCGUACACAUAUUAUUGAAUACUAAUCCAGAAGAGUUCUUUCUACUCAAAUAUCUUCCUGAUGAUGAGAAGACAAAGUGGAUACUACUGCUUAUUAGUCAAUCAUGAAUCUAACUUUCUUGAUAAAUAAUACUGAGCCAAUUAUUUCU